AGAAGAAGAGACGGGACCUUUGUCCAAUCGGAGACUACGUCGCUACGUGCAACGCGCAUGCGCUCUAGAGCAGAUAUUGCAUGUGUCUUACGUCGUGUCCGGUGGAGGUCACAGAUAUCUGCGUACUACUGGGAUUGCUGUCAUGGCCAAGCUGUUUGAGUCUAUUGGGAAGUUGGGUCUGGCCCUCGCUGUUGGCGGAGGUGUUGUUAACUCUGCGCUUUUCAAUGUUGAUGCAGGGCACCAGGCUGUGAUAUUCGACCGGUUUAGAGGAGUGCAGGAUGUUGUUGUUGGAGAAGGGACCCACUUUCUUAUUCCCUGGGUUCAGAAACCUAUCGUCUUUGAUUGCCGCUCCCGUCCACGCAACGUUCCCGUCAUUACAGGCAGCAAAGAUCUGCAGAACGUAAACAUCACAUUACGUAUCCUCUUUCGGCCGGUGACCAACCAGCUACCACGAAUCUUCACCACUAUUGGUGAGGACUAUGAUGAGAGGGUGCUGCCAUCCAUCACCACAGAGGUCUUGAAGGCUGUAGUGGCUCGUUUUGAUGCUGGUGAGCUCAUUACCCAGAGAGAACUGGUGUCUCAGCAGGUCAGUGAGGACCUUACAGAAAGAGCCUCCACUUUUGGCCUCAUCUUGGACGACGUUUCACUGACACACUUGACCUUUGGAAAGGAGUUCACAGAGGCUGUUGAGAUGAAGCAGGUGGCCCAGCAGGAGGCUGAGAGGGCCCGUUUUGUUGUUGAAAAGGCAGAGCAACAGAAACAGGCAGCCAUCAUCUCAGCAGAGGGAGAUUCCCAGGCUGCCUUGCUCAUUGCUAACUCCCUGAUGGAGGCUGGUGAUGGUCUGGUAGAGCUUCGUAAGCUGGAGGCAGCCGAGGACAUCGCUUUCCAGCUCUCUCGUGCCCGCAAUGUCACUUACUUGCCUUCAGGACAGGGCACAUUGCUACAGUUGCCACAGUGAUAACAUCUCACUUCAUGUCCAGCCCACUCUUGCUGUCACCAGCCUUUGCAGGGCCAGGGAAGGGGUGGUUGGAAAAUUCAAUAAAGGACUCCCAACUUCACACACAUUCCCUCCACUCUUUCUCUUACCUUCUGUGGACUGGGCUCUGCUUACAGGAGCAUGGUGGGAGACAAAGUGAGUGGUCUAUAAUGGAUACAUUUAUGAAGACCACCCAUGUGUGAAGAAGUUGAGGUUAACCUAUACAUAUAUAUAGUUCUUUGUUUUAAAAUGAAUUGACAAUGCAGUAAAAUAUCUUAAGAUGUAUCUUUGCUUCAUUUUUUCAGAUUCACAGCACUGCAUGUGAUGAAAUCAAGGGUGAUUUUAUCAUCAAGAGCCAAUUCUUUAAAAGAUAAGAUGAUUAAGUGUCAAUUAUUAAACAUAUAUCAAAAAAGAAGUUCAUCUUAAGUCAAUUGUAUGGUUGCAGAAUUCCUCAACCAAAAAGGAUCAAAAAUAUUCCAGAGCAGCAUGCCGAUAUCUUAAAAACCUUCAUUGUCAACAUUUCAGGCCCUUCUUCAGUGGCUAUUGGCAAACAAACUAGAUUUGUAAGAUAUUGGUAUGCUGUCCUGGACUAUUUUUAAUUGUCAAUGAUUGCCGUCACUGUCAUUAUGGGCCUUGAAAGUUACCUUCAAUCUCGUAACCACGUACAUGAUCCAACAAUGUAAGGCUCUCCUUUGGAUUCACUGAAAGAAGUGAUAAGGGAUGGUGGAUUUAUUUGACUUGAAAUCAUUUUUGUGUUCUGAUGUGAAAGGACUAAAUCUCUGGAAUUUGCACUUUCCAGCUAAGAUUGUCUUCUUUCUACUAUUUUGCCACCCAAAAUGAUAGGAAUAUACCUGUCAGAGAGUAGAGGACGGUCCUUCAUUCUUUAAGGUUGUUGCUGUGUGGUUAGUUUGUUCGGAACAAGUGUAAGACCAUUGUUUCAGAAAUUGCUAGGCUAAAUAAUAAAAUUGUCUUUCUAA